CAGAUCGCGCACCCACAGAAGGGAUCAGUUCAUCGUCAACCUUCGAAGCUUAAACAUUGCUCAACAAGCACUCGUAAAUUUAUCAUCACACAAAUUAUUUUUGUUAGAAGAAGAAAACAAGAUAAACUAAAAUAUCAAAAUGGCAUCUUUCACAAGAACAUCAAUGAUCAAGUUGAUCGAAUUGAUAUUGGCUGUGAUCCUUCUUGUUUUGUUGUACAGCUCAAAAUACAUUGAUGGAGGUGCAUUCAAAGAGGUCAUCUCAACUGGUACAACAUUUGGAUAUGUUGUCAUCUUGGUUGGUGUUACAGCUGGUGCAUUGAUGGGAACACCAGUUAAUCGCAGAGUGGACUUGUUCUUCAGUCUUAUUGGUGUUGUUCUCUUCAUGUUCACUGCUUUUGUCACCUUCUUUCACUAUCAAGGACAAGAAAGCGGCAUGGCUGGUGUCUCAAGAGGUAUCUUAUCUGGAAUUCAAGGACUCAUCCUUAUUGCUGAUGCAUUCUUGACUUUCCGUGGAGAAUCAUAAAUUAUUAUUUAAUAAUUUAAAAAAACAAAACACACCAACUUCAUCGUGUGUGCAUUUAUCUUAAUAUCCUUAUUUCUUUAUUAUUAUUUUUUUCUUCCUUUUUUUUAUUUUUUCAAGUUAAAAAAUACUAUUACUUUUCAAUUAUUAUUAUUAAUUAUAAUAAUUACCCUUUUUGUUUUAUCAAUAUAUGUAAUAUCGAUGUUUCAUUAUGUUUAGCUUUAAGUACAAACAAAAAAAAAAAAAAGAUUAUCUAUUCUAUCACAGCAUUGUAAUCGUAAUAUUUUUCUACAUCACAAGAUACAAAGAAUACUAAAAAAUAAUUGUCUAUUGUUGUCAUAAACAUUCACAUUAACACGUACAAAUAUUUAAAAAAAAAAAAAAAAUCAUUAAUAUUCAUUAUAUUUAG